AUGCGCAGUCAAGCGAUGGCGUCGAGCGAUGGAGACGUCCCUGGACAGAGAUCGCAUCUGAAAGUGCUCGGGGAAGUAGCUCGCGUGAGUGCGAGCGAAUACGACUACGGGCUGUUCUGGAAGGAGUACAUGCGAGCAAACAAGCCUGUCGUGCUCACAGGGCUGAUGGAGUCGUGGCGAUCGUGCGAAGAUUGGGUGUUGGAAUCUGGAGCUCCGAACUUGGAUUUCAUCGGUGAGAACUUCGGCAGCUCUCGAGUGCAGGUGGCAGAUUGUGCGAGGAAAGAGUUUUCCGACCAGAAGAGGCAGGACAUGACGGUCAGGCAGUUUGUGGACUACUGGUCGGCUCUCAGAGACGAUGCGGCCUCCAAUUGCAAUUCCGAGAGUCGACUUUUGUACCUGAAAGAUUGGCAUUUCGUCAAGGAAUUUCCUGCCUACUGUGCCUACAAUACUCCCGAGGCCUUCUCGGACGAUUGGCUGAACACCUUCCUGGACGCGUUUCAAAUGCACUCCGUGAGCGCUGAAAUCACACCGAAAUCAUCCAACGAUGACAAUCAGUGUUCCGAUUAUCGGUUCGUUUACAUGGGACCCAAGGGGACAUGGACACCUCUACACGCAGAUGUGUUGCGGUCGUACAGCUGGUCGGCCAAUGUCUGUGGGCGGAAGAAGUGGCUCUUACUGCCUCCCGAGCAGGUCGAGCUCGUGUACGACAGGUUUCGGAGAAAUACAGUGUACGACAUUUUCUCCGAGGUUUCAGAACAGCAGUUCCCAGGGUUUAGUCAGACUCGGUGGAUGGAGUGUGAUCAGGGACCGGGAGAAAUCCUUUUCGUUCCCAGCGGUUGGUUUCAUCAGGUGACGAAUGUCGAGGACACGAUUUCCAUCAAUCAUAAUUGGCUGAAUGGCUGCAACCUUCACUGGGCGUGGAAGCUGCUGAGGAAGGAGUACAGGGAAACUGUGGAAUCGAUCGAGGACAUUCGCUCCAUCGCCAACGACUUCGAGAUGUUGUGCCAACGUAAUCUUGCUGCUAAUUCGGGGAUGAAUUAUCUGGAUUUUGCCAUUUUUGUCGCAAAGAUGGUUGAUGGCAACAUCGGAUUGCUCUGGGACUUGUUCCAGAAGUCCUUUGGUGAGAAAAAGCUUGCGUUGAUCGAAGACUCGGUGUGGAAAUGUACAAUUCAUCAAUGCCUCUUCAACUUACUGCAGAUGAAGCAAAUACUUGAAGAGAUGAUCCUCGAAGACGCGUUCCAGCUGGGAGACAGUUUCGCUGUUACCGUAAACUGCAAAUUUUUGGAGUCUGUGUACAACGUUAGGGCUGAAUCAGACGACUGCACAGCUCCUCUUGAUGGCAAACUUGCUGUAGAAUAUGCGAGAAGUCCAGAGAUGCGUUUCAUCUCUGCGUUUUUUCGGGUAUUUUCUCUCAUGGAGGAUACCGUCUCCAGCCAACCUAUCGAGAUUACAGAUCUUCUUACAGAAGAUGACCAAAAUCUGAGUGAUGCCAAAUUGGACCAAGAGUUACCGAGACAAAGAGCUGCAGAAGAUUCGGGACCGCUUCUCAUUCUGAAAGCUAUCCAGUAUGUGCUGGAUACGGCAAGUGGAGCCGGACUUAUGGCCUCAUAUAUAGACCAAUGUUCAGUAACAAUACCAGUAACCUUGACUCUCAAUCAGCCCUGA